AUGCCUUUCAAGAGCGUGACGACGGGGUUUAUAUCAACUUGUGGUUUAGAGACAACCCACUCCGUUUCUGGUCUCUUUUGUGAUGUCAUGAAGGCAGAGAGUAAGCUUCAACUUUUAGGUAUGACGUGGCAGCCAAUCCCACUGGAUUCUUUGGAUGAUGCUCCUGUUCCCGCCAUCCCUGCCCUUAGAAGAUACGAGCCGGAAAAGUUUCUCUUAGGGAGGCACCCACAGGAUCCCUUUCUAAGCAAAGCUGCCUUCUACGGCGCAAGUACGUUGCAAAUUCAAAACUGCGGGCGUCGAUGCAUUGGCAUUUUAGCCGAGAUGCAAGAUGGCAGCAGAAUAAUUCUCGGCCAAUGGGACCCGAGUCGCGAGGAAAGCAUAUCAACUCUCUACGAAAAGCAGAGCGGUCCGCUGGAUGCAAUUACCUUUGUCUUUUCGGAUGGAGAUGAUGAAAACAGAUAUGUUGAAAACAUCACCCUCCAAAAUUCCGACGGGGCCAAACCUCAUUUCACAUGGUGCGACCUUCGCACGACUGCAGAAGUGGAAGGAUAUCUUAGCAGCGAGCAAAUCAAAUCUUCAUUCAUUCGUAAAAGUCCCUUUCCCAGGGGUAUAUGGAAGAACCUGCUCCUUCCCCUUCACCUUUAUCGAAUUCGAGCGCUGAACCCCAGGCUGCAUCUCGUACGCCUCCCCCUUCUUGAACGUCCGCCCGCUGUUGCGGUUAAACUCGAUCGACACCUCCGUCUUCAGCGUGAUGCCCCCGCCGGCGGCAACAGCACGCGUCCGCCUCCCCUCGUCGCGGUGGGUGGUCAGCAUGCUCCUGUCGCUGUCCGAGUCCUCCAGCAGGUGCUCGACGGGCUCCUCGGCCCUCGGCUUGCGUUUCUGGCCCUGCUCGAUUUCGGCGAGGAAGGCCGCCGGGCUGCGCGAGAUCCUGAAGUCGGAAUCUCCCGUGGCGUUGUCGAGCACGCGGAAGGACGGGAUGGAGGCGGCGAUGAUGGUGGCGCUGGGCUCGGCCAAGGCAAAGAUCCAAAAUAA